CGACGCGAGCGGCGGACGGAGAGAGAGAGAGGAGGAAAAAAAGUGGGGGAGAGAAUCCAAAGAGGGACAUCACAUACAUAUCCCACCAGCGGCGAGGAGAGGGAGAAGGGAAACGGCCAAAGAAGGCGACGGCGGCGGCGCAGGAGGGGCGCGCACGCGGCGCAGAUGGGCAAGUACAUGAGGAAGUUCAGGGGGGCCACGGGGGAGGAGUUGGCCGCCAUGGAGGUCACGCAGGUGGUUGGCGUCCGGACGAGGUCGAGGUCGGCAGCGGCGGCGGGCGCGACGACGACGAAGGUGAAGGCGGCGUCGGCGGCGUCCACCAGGAGGAGGAAGGCGCUGCUGCCGACGGCGGUCGUGGGGACUACUCGCCGUGACGGCGGGAGCUGCUACCUCCAGCUGAGGAGCCGCAUGCUGUUCAUGGCCCCGCCGAGGCCGGCGCCGGCCGCGAGGGCUCCGGUUGUAGCGGAGGCGGCGGGUUCCGGGAACGGAGCGGCGGCGCAUGCGGCGGCUGGCCUCUCGCGUUGCUCCAGCACGGCGUCGUCCGUGGACGCGGCGGCUCAGGACAGGAGCCUCGCGUGCCGCUCCGACGUCGCGGAGGCAGGCAGCGAGCAUGUCCCGGAGGGCUCCGCGAGCGACUCGGCGAGCGGCCGUGACCGCGAGAGGAGAGAAACAACUCCAUCAAGCUUUCUCCCCGGAGAGGUGAGCGAUCUGGAGUCGGAUCUGGCUGGAGGACAGAAGCGCAGCCGUCCACUACCUUCUGCGGCAACAGCCUCAGCACAGCAAGCCACGCGGCCGAAGAUUCCGCCGGCCGCCGAGAUCGAGGCGUUCUUCGCGGCGGCCGAGGAGGCUGAGGCCAAGCGCUUCGCCGCCAAGUACAACUUCGACGUCGUUCGCGGCGUGCCCCUCGACGCCGGUCGGUUCGAGUGGACUCCGGUGGUCAGCAGCCGAAGCUGAAGCGAGCGUGCAGAUUAAGCGGAAGCUAGAAAGGAAGGUACAGGGGGGCGCCGUGUAGAAAGGGAAGGCGAGCUAGAGAGAGGAGAAGAAGAAGAAGAAAAGAUGCUCAUCCAAAGGGAAUAAACUGGAAAAGUGGGAGACUACAAAAAAAGAAGCAUUAUAGCCUAACAACCACCGAUUCGACUCUUUUUUCUUUCACAUUUUCUUUGCAUUUUUACUCUUACUGUGUACUAGAAAGUAGUAGCAGUAGUAAACUAGUAAUUCGUCCCAGUAUUUAUCAGAGGUUUAUCUCGAUAGGAAUAGAUAUAUUAUCCCCUUACUGUAAUUGCCUCCAUCUUGUAUUUGGAUGGAAAUUAAAUUUACUGUACAGCAGCAGCAGCUGUUCUGCAAGUUUAAGUUAACCAUCACCGUUUUAUUACUUAA